AUGUCGCCACGUGGACUGUCAGAGAUGCAGUCGCGGCUUCAUGGAAGCAUCCGCACGGACGGCUAUUACUCAGUGGACGUGUGGAUCGGGUCGCCGCCGCGCAAGUUCUCUCUCAUGGUGGACACGGGUAGCGCGCUCACCAUCGUGCCCUGCUCCUCCUGCUCGCCCUGCGGCGCCCACAUGCGCGGGGCGAUGAUUAUGGGGCCCGUGGGGCUGCGCGCGCCUGCGGUGAUGCAAUACACAGCGUUCGACCGCAUGCGCGUAGGCACGCCGUUCUAUCAGGUGGUGGUGAGUCAAAUCCUUGUAGCGGGAGAACCUCUCCCCGUGGAAGACGCCCCGCUGCUCUUCUCCUCGGGCUAUGGCGUUGUCGUUGACAGCGGCACGUCCUUCUCGUACCUGCCCGCGCCGCUGUUUGAGGCGUUCAAGCACAGCGUGAUGGCGCGCGUGGCCAGGGGAGUCAAGAUGCUGACGGACACAGAGCCGCAGUACCAGAGCAUGUGCUUCCGCUCCACCUCCUGGACUGCUCUGCAAGCCUCCACGCUCGGCGCUUUCUUCCCGUCGGUGGAGGUGGUAUUUGGGGAAGGUGCCGUCUACCGCCUGGACCCCGAGAACUUCCUCUUUCAGCACCGCAAGCGCAGCGGCGUCUUCUGCAUCGGCGUGUUCCCGAAUCCAGACCAGGGCACCAUCCUUGGCGGGCUCAUGUUCCGCAACACCAUGUUGACCUUUGACCGGGUCAACGACCGCCUUGGCUUCUGGAAGACCCCCUGCGACCAGCUCAUGACCCACAUCGUCUCACCUGGCGCGCCUGGCUCGGAACCUGGUCCGGAGCCAGGUUCGGAGCUUGGGUCGGGAUUAGGGGAGGAAUUGGGCUCGGAUAUACGGCCUGCGCCAAGGAGAGUGAAUCCGUUAGGAAGGGGCAGAGAUCCUCGGGACCCGUACACGGAGGAGCAGGCUCGGUCAGGUGGAGGUUCGGCAGUAGGCUUGGGUGCAGGCUCGGGUGGACCCAAACCUGAUGACGGCACCCGCCGAAGCAGUGUUCCUACUACAAGGGAUGUGACUGCAAGGGAUGUGACUGCAAGGGAUGUGACUGCAAGGGAUGUGACUGCCAGGGAUGGGACUGUAAGAGGCGGCAGCAGUAUCACCAGCAGCAGCACUACCAGCAGAGGCAAGCGGGCACCAGACGCAGGGCCGGCAGGAGGAGACGACGACAUGGCGAUGGUGUGGGCGGUGGCGGAUGCGAUGCCGUCGUACCGGCCGGUGGACUCCACGGGGUGUGCGGGGUGCGCGAGCCAUGUUGACAUGGAGCUAAGGUUCCCGAUGCUCUCGUCCGCACAGCUGGACGCAUUAGAAGGGCAGCUGACGGACGAGCUUAUAAGAGAGCUGCUAUUGGAGCCGGGGCAGGUGGUGAUUCAGAGUGUGUGGGGCACGAGUCCCAGUGGCGCAGCAGCGGAGGUGUGGCUGGUCCCGUACGCCGGCACCACCUUCCUGCCCUCCAUCACCGUGCAACGAGUCGACUCCACCAUCCGCCAGCACACCAUGCACCUGUCGCCUGAGUUUGGCCCCUACAACCUCAGCUCGUUCAACGCGCCGCCUCCUGACUUCUCCGGCAGCGCGGCCCAAUCUCACUCCAAGCCACAGCUGCGGUGGCUGUGGUUCCUCGUGGCAAUCCCUCUCUUCCUCCUCUGCAUUGCUGCUGCUGUCUGGUUCCGAGUGGGGCGGAAGGAGGCCGAGACCGAGGCCGGGAGGAAGAGAUUUGUAACGGUGGGAAGGCGGUUGCAGCAGGAGGGUUUGGAAAGUGAGAGGAGCGAGAGGAUGGAGAGGCAUGAGAGGAUAGAGCGGUUUGAGCGGCAUAGUAAGAUGGUUGCGCUGACUGCCCAAGGGUCGGGCUCGUCGCCGAAGCAAGUUCCUGGGUUUGGGUUGAUGACUGCGAGUGUACAUUGA